AUGGAUAACAACGAAGACGAUGACUUCGACUCCCUCCUCUCGACCAUCGGAUUCGGACGAUGGCAGAUUCCAACGCUGGCGGCCGUGAUUCUCGUGGCGAUGCAAUAUCCCAUUCACCUUGUGGGUUCUCCGCUAUUGAGUGCUCCCCUGCCCUUUCGCUGCUCUCGCCUGGAUAAUGCUUCUGCAACACCAGUAAUCGGCUCAUCCUACUUCAACGACCACUGCAUACCAUUCCCCGAUGACCACGGUAAAGAACUUGCUACAGAGGGCGCUCCUGUCAACAGUACGGUCCUGGAACCUCCUCCGUCCACCGAACGCCAUCUAACGUCCAUGAAAUCGUGCCCAGUGAUAGAGUAUAACACAUCGAUAUUUACGUCAACUGUUAUUUCAGAAUGGCACCUGGUGUGCGAGAACAAGCACUUGCAGCCGCUCUUCCAGGUGAUGUACAACAUAGGGGGGAUCUUCGGAAGCUUUGCAGGAGGACACGUUGGCGAUAAAUGGGGUCGGCGUAGAUCUCUGCAGAUUGGAAUCGUGUCUUACAUCUUGGUGGUCAUAGCCAUGGCUUUUACUUCCUCCUUCCCGUUCUUAUUAAUUCUGCGAGUUCUGACCGGCGUGACUGGCCAGAGUAUGUUAAUACCUGCCUGGAGUCAAGCACUUGAGUCAACACCCUCCCGCCACCGCAGUCUCGUCGGGAUGUUACUCGGCUUCCCCUAUUCCCUGUUCGUCAUCGUGUUCUCGGGCGUAGGCUAUCUCAUCCGCUCUUGGCGAUACCUCAUGCUGGUUUGCUGUGCGCCGUCCCUCGCGCUCCUGCCGCUGUCUUUCUUAAUGGAUGAGUCACCAAGGUGGCUAGUUCAGCAAGGAAGGCAAGACGAUGCCACGAAGGUGUUAAAGAGAGCUGUAAAACUGAACAAGGCCAGCCUCACUUCGUCUCUUGAAUCCACUAUUGCAAAAAUAAACCAGGCCUCCGACCCCAAGCCUGAGGGAGAGACCGUAUUUUCAGUACGAGAAUCCCUCCAGCAGGCCAUGGCGUACCUGCGUUCCCCCAUCAUGAGGACGAUUAUCCUCGUCACGCCCCUCCUGUGGUUCCUCCAGAGCUGCCUGUACCUCGCCGUGGCCAUCAACGCCAACAACUUCAACAGUUCGAAUCCUUUCCUGUACGUCUGCCUGAGCGGGGUGAUGGACGGGUCAGCCAUCUUGCUUAUGACUCCUCUCACCACGUUCCUGGGCAGGCGCAUUAUUGUGGGCGUGGGACUCUUCGUGGGCGGCAUCUUCUUCCUACUCGAUCUUGCCGUGUCUGCGGAAUACUUCUGGCUCAAGAUGACACUGGUUAUGAUCGGAUUCUUCCUCGUGGCCGGUUCGUUCCAGGUGAGUUCACGGGAUCCAUAUACUCCGAGACUUUAA